AUGCCCGACGCCAGACCUGCAGAUGGAGAUGCGACCACCAUGACUCCAGAGCCCGAUGCCCCUGUCGUGCCCGCCGCCGCCGCCGCCGCCUCGCACCCCGCAGAGGCCUUUUUCCAGUUCCGUCUUUCGGACCUGCGUUUGUUAGACGUCGACGACGAACUCGGCGCCGUCGCCGAGCAGCUGUACCUGGACUCGCAGCACGCCGGGACCGAUGAGGGCCUCGCGCACGGCGACGCCGAAUCCGAACGUCCUUCGGUCGACGCGACGGAAGACGGCGUCACGGUCGAUCGGGUAACGGUCAACGACGCCGCAUCUCUGGCUUCAAUUGACGACAUUUCCCUUGCGGGAGGCCAAGCACCCUCUCUGUGGUCGUUGGAAACCAGCGACUAUGAGAAUGGAUUCCAGGAGAGACACGGGCGAACAUAUCACCCCAUAGAGGAGUACAUUCUCCCAAACGACACUACCGAGCAGUUCCGUCUUGGUAAGAUAUUCCCAUGCGGCUCUGGCGACGUCGUUCUGACUGGUGCAUCCACAGAUAUCCAACACCUUCUUUGGUUGGCCACCUGGGACGGCCGCCUAUGCAUGUGCCCCAAGAAGGAUGGCGCCUCACGGGUCCUCGACGUAGGGACGGGGACCGGCGUGUGGGCCAUGGCGUAUGGUGAGGGAAUUGCCUGUCUCUUGUCGUCGUUUCCGCUGGCUAACCCGCCGCAGCUGAUGAACAUCCCGAAGCAAUUGUAUGAGAAACGGCUUGCGACUUUCCGCACGACCCGGAGCUAA